GAUCACAGCCUGCCGUACACCCUGAGUGCUCGCAACGGCCACCUACGCUUGAGCGAAAAAAUCCUCAAAGUAUAAGCAGCAGCGGAACGGCCCAAAUGAGGGCGUGAUCCUGCAGGGUCGGACGCGCUUGGUCACCGAGCGCGUACGCUUCCCACUUACGGACGACGGCCAUCGUCUCUCCAAUCCGCCUGCAUCCACGCCGCACAUCUCUCUCGUACUUCUCACUCGGAACUUCGAGACGAUCUUCGGCGACACUAACGCGACCACACCGCAUCUGGGCUUCCCGUUCCGAGGUGCCCAAGUCAGCCAUCCGACUAGCUCCAGCUGUACUCGCGACCCAGCUAUCCUGGCAUGAGCCAGAAGAACAACGCGCGUGCGAGCACGAGCAACGCGCAACCUAAUCGUCAGGAGGACGCGCAAGAGUGUCCAGCUCCAUGGGGAUCAUGGGUUGGAACCAAGUAUUACUCGUUAGAGGUCGCGCAGAAUCCUCUGAGAGCUCGUAUGUGUGGGUUCGGUGACAAGGACCGACGUCCUCUGGCUCCUGCAGCGGUAGCCAAGAUGAUCGUCCGGAGAGAGGACGGAAGUGCUGUAGAUGUAGACGACACAGAUACGUCCUUUUUCCUGGUGACUGUAGACCUCUGGUCGGCAGACGGGAAGCAGGAAAUGAACCUUGUCUUGCACCCUACGUCGGCUGACCGGUACGUGCCUACGAAUACCCCCAAACCCAAGCGGCGGGGCACCAACUCGACGGUGCAGCGGUCGAACAGCGGUAGGAAAAGCCCUACUUCGCCCGCACCCGUUGCCUCGGCGCCCACUCCUACUCAAGGCAGCCCGCAGUACAUACAGCCCUCUUCUGGAAUGCCCCCAUACAUUGGAGCUCCCCAAGGCUAUCCCCCUCAGGUGUUUCCCUACACCGCCCACCAGCCGCCAGUUUCGGAACCCUCAAGCUAUCAGUCGAUGAACACCUACGGAGCGCCGUCCGAUGCCCCUCAGUCAUGGGCGUAUCCCCCUCCUCCGACUUCGAUGGAACGCGCUUCGCAGUACCCGCCGGCCCCUGUCCUGCCUCCGAUCCACUCUCUCGGGAGAAACGGCUCGUCCAGUAACGGUUCUACGGCGACAGUAGGUUACAACUCCGCCAAUGCAUCAGGGACCGGAACGGGAGAAGGAUGGCAUCUCGAGAACCAAGGAAGGGAGGAUGCAGGUGGGAUGGGAUACCGCACAUGGCCUCCGGACGCUUCGUAUCCCCCGAUUGACAACAAUGGGGUCGCUCGUCCGCCCGGUGCGAUCGAAUCGUCCCUUCGGGCCUCGCAUGCCUCAGCGUCCAGUUCGGAAGUGCGCGAGAACUCAUACCCACAGGAACCAUACAAUCCGAUCGGACAGACCGGGGCGGCGCCGUCGCUCGAGGGCUCGGCCUAUGCGGCGGCACCGUACCCUUCUCAGCCGCAUCAACAGCCACCACCACCAUCACAGGCGCAUCAGCCGUCAUCCCAAUACCAUGAAGCUCCGUACGCCCAAGAUCCUACACCGCCAUCCGCUAUGCCCCCUUUGCCUCGACAUACGUACACGAGAACGCUCGUAGGACCCUUAUGCGCGAACGCCUGCCGCCUAUUGGACGAACAUCGCACGCCUGGCAUCUUCUUUCUAUUUCAAGACUUGUCUAUCCGCACAGAAGGGUCCUUCCGCCUCCGACUACGCCUUAUGAAUGUCGGCGCAUCCCCAGCACCUGAGCCUGGAUCGCGCUUCAUUAACACUGGAUUCUCUAAGAUUCUUGCUCAAACCUUCACCGAGCCGUUCAUUGUCUACUCCGCGAAACGCUUCCCUGGCGUGCCAGAAACUACCGCCCUCUCGAUAGCUCUCGGGAACCAAGGCCAGAAGUUACCUCUCCGUAAUCGGAAUACCUCCACGAAGCAGAGUCGUAAACGACCGCGCAGCGGCUCCGAGGGGUCGGGCGGGGAGGAGUCCGACGAUGCUUGACCGUUGUUGAUACCCCGCUAUAGUAUAUGGACAGUUUCCCGUACCA